CAAAAGAAACCAAAUGAUGAUGCCGGCACCAGCCACUCUGAAACUUCUAAAAAACGGAAGGUUUUCCAGAAAGUGGAAAAUUCGUGCAUGGAUCCGGUUUUGAAGGACUCGAACGGCCUGCCGUCUGCCAGCAUGACAGAAGGGCUCGCGGAGUCAAUGGACUUGACAAAGAGCCAGGUAAUAAAAAUGAUAAAGUUCUCACCUUUCGGUCUUGACAUUUUUACGUUGUUUUCCUCGUCUAGUAUCCAUCCUGCUUUUAUUUGGUGGUUCUUUUUCCCAGUGUGACGUUUUAGUAACGAAACGGCUUGAAAAGAAUUCUGGAAUUUUAACGUUGCUUGACAAGCCUCACAAUUAGAGCUACUUUCAAAAUUAUUUUGCGAUGAAAUCGCCGAGUAUCCCAAAGAAUUUAGUUGUUCUUGAAUGGCAGUGAUACUUGUGUGAGGUGCGCAGUAUGUGGGAGAAAAGCUAAACGAUAAAGUGACCAGAAGGUGAAGUAAGACAGUGAUCGACAUCAUUGAAAAUGGAUGAAAUCGCCUAGCUUUCCAUUAACUUGACUGAGUUGGCACACGGCCUGCACUGCACACGCUAGCAGCGGCUCUGUGUCAAUGCCGAUUUUUUGUUGUGCUCUCCCGUGUGGCUCGCGGUCAUCUUUUUAAAAAAGAGGAGUGACAUUUUGCAGGAAAGUGUAAAAAGGAGACAGUUCUUGACUAGUGCUACUACUACGGUUAUUUACAUUUUUAUUUAUUCCACAGGUUACCAUUUGGUUUUAGAACCAUCGCAGGCUGUCAAAAGAGGGAAAAUAUGUACCGAGACAGUACAGUCAGACAGCUGAGUCACAGUAAAUAAACAAAAUAAAGAUAGCGAAUGGUCAUAAAAUAUUAUUUCGUGUCAUUGCUCUGUUCAUAUGAAAAAAUCAUAGCCCAUUUUAAUGCAGUUUCGGAAGUGCUUCAUUUAAGUAGCAAUAAUAUGCACUUUUUGACUGUGUGGGAGGGCCUGAUGGGAGAAUAAAUGCGAAAAAAAAAUAUUUAAAAUAAAGGCGAAUGUCUCUAGCUAUGAUUCCUGGGAACGAUAAUCACUUCUGAGCUGCUUUGUCACUGUUUACUGUGCUUGUCACCUUUGCCGCCCGCCUGAAAUAACUUUUUGCUACUCCAUAAAUCACUCUCGGGACUUCCACACGGAAGAUCGAGGUGGACGUGAGCGUCUGCGCAGACAUAUAGGGAAAGACGAAGGAAAAGAAAUAACAACAAGCUAAAUCGUGUUUGAGCUACGACUGCGUCCCAGGUCAGCUGAAUCUUUGCAAUGAACUCGAAGCUAAAUAAAAAAAAACGAGUAACCAUGCAGAGCAGCAUCAUGAUUUUCGCGCACUUCAUUCCCUUCAAAACUUUGUCUGUUCUCUCCUUGCAGCUUUGUUUAGAACCUUUUUUAGUCAUUGUUGACUGGAGCCUUGUUUUUAACCUACGAGCUGCCGAAAAGGACCUUUUCCUGCUGCGAUAGUUACAGGGUGUACCAUCAGAAGCUUGCAGAUCAAAAUCAAAAUCAUGCUCUGCUGAGGUAAUUCCUAAAACUUCUUCAUGCUAUCUAUACCAUAUUAUCGAGUUUAAUUUGGUUUAAGAAAUCGUAUCUCCGUGGAGAUUUAAGAACCUCGAUAAAGAAGACUCCAUUGUCGGUGCAUACACUACAUGAACUGACUGGUGAAAACGCAGAAGUCUAUUACCAAGCGCAGUUUUGUAGAGAUAAUCACCUUAUGUUGUUGUUAUUUGUAUCAUGUUGAUACCUUUAACAGAGACGUAGCUAGUAAUGGGCCGGUGACCCCCCUUUCCAAAACGAAAACAAUAAUAAUAGAGGCAAACCUGUCAUCGCGGUAAAAAGAGUCUUACUUUAUAGAUUUGUACCUCGGACGAGUGAUUGAAACUGCACAGGGAGAAAAUUCAAUUGGCCGUGUUGGCAUCAACCGCGCUACAAGAUAUUGGACAGGCGCCAUUGUCAUUUUAGAGCCACCAUUCUCCAUCAACAGAAGUGGCACAAUUCGAAAAAGAAAAAGGUAAAUUGACGCGAGCAAUUUUGUCUCAGUUGUUGCAGUUUCAGUCGCCAAUCUAUUAUGUUCUAACAAAGGAAGCUUGGUUGUGGCGUGGGUGAGGAGCUGGCGGAGGAACCCCUUACCCUCUCCGCGAUGAAAAGUCCUGCCUUCACCACUGAUUUGUUGCUUGAAAACUGUGAUCAGAUGGUGUUGUGCACUGAAAACCAUACGCAAACUGGCUUUUCCAUUUAUCACCAAACUAAAAGAUGCGUCGUGUUCCUGGAUUUACCCCAGGCUAUAUUUAUCGAAGAAAAAAUGGGUAUUCAGCUAUAAGCGUGUGCGUGUUGUGAAUGUUGCAAGAUAUGAUAAUUACAUGCUAAGUAAUUCCUAUUUAGCUUUUUGCUUUUGGCUUUUUCCUAUGACAACCUUAUUGCAAUUAGGUUUACGCAAUAUUGCCACACGAGUAAAUGAUCUCUGUAGAGCGUGCUGUAUCAACGAAGUUUAGAAGUGUUGGAUUAGCGAACUCGCGCGUGUUGUGAACAUCGCUAGUGCACGCGUUACUUCCUAGGAAGACCUUAUGGCUCUGCUUCGCACACUGACAAUUUUGUGCCUAUUGUGGCAUACGUCCUUGGUUCUGCGACUGAUGGAUGUGCACCCCACUUUUCGCAUAUGCUAGUUAAGAGAAAGCUACUAAGAAAACACACGGAACUUACAAACCCGUGAUUGCUUGCAGUUGUCUGAUACCAUCCUGCAAGCCUCUCUGGCGUUGGUGCUAAUCUACCUAUCAAACGAUGUUCAAUUGAAUCCUGGGCCUCUGCCCAAGGAAAUAUGCUACUCGUGUUCAACAUCAAUAGCUGCAGAGCACCGUGCCAUUCCUUGCAACAUUUGUUCUCAGAUGUCACGGCGAAGUACGCGGGAUUGUCGGUGAAGGAUUUUGUGAAGUGGAACUAGAGUGCCACCACAAGUGGUAA